AUGCCAAUCCUAGGUAACCAUUCCCGGCCAGGUACACCUGAUGAAAAGGCCUGGCCAGCCAGGACGACGGAGAAGGCUAUCAUCAGAAAGGAGAAGCACCUGGAAGAGGAGACUGAUGAGGACGAGGAAGUCAUCUAUAAAAUCAAAGUUCCGGCGAACAGAUACGACUUGCUUUGCCUCGAAGGGCUUGCUCAGGCCCUACGUGUAUUCAAUAAGCAGGAGGAGACACCUCAAUACAGUCUUCGUAACAUCAGCAGGGGAUCAAUGCUUAAGAUGCAUGUAAAACCAGAGACCUCACAAAUCCAUCCAUACGUUGUUUCUGCUGUCUUAAGAGGGAUAACAUUUGAUGAAGCCAGUUAUAACAGCUUCAUUGAUCUUCAAGACAAGCUCCAUCGUAACAUUUGCCGGCGAAGAACACUGGUUGCAAUUGGGACUCAUGACUUGGAUACGCUAGAAGGCCCCUUCAGCUAUGAGGCUUUGCCACCUUCCAGUAUAAGUUUCGUCCCCUUGACGCAGGUGAAGAACUUCAGAGGUGAUGAACUAAUGGAAUUUUAUAAGGUCGAUUUGAAAUUGAACAAGUUCUUGCACAUAAUAGAGAACUCUGUGUUCCCUGUUAUCUAUGAUUCAAAGAGAACUGUCCUGUCUCUGCCGCCAAUUAUCAAUGGUGCACAUUCGGCAAUAACUUUAAAGACAAAAAAUGUUCUCAUUGAAUGUACUGCGAUGGACUUAACAAAAGCUAAGAUAGUUCUAAAUACAAUGGUGACAAUCUUCUCAGCAUACUGUGGGAAGAAGUAUGAAGUUGAACCAGUUGAAGUGAUAUACUCUAGUGGGGAGUCAUUCGUUUAUCCUGAUUUGUCCCUAUACAAUAUGGAAGUGUCCUUAUCUUAUGUCAACGAUUCAAUUGGAGUCGCCUUGAAAGCUGAAGAGAUGACGUCAUUGAUGACGCAUUCGGGAGCGACAGACUAUGCAGCGAAGGAUAUAAAAUCCUUCGUGGAAUUUUGA